UAGCAGCAAGCACAUAAUCAAACCAAUUCGUUGUAUCACUUCAGUUCACAGCACAAAAUGUUGUCCUUCAAGCUCUCCUUCUUUCUAGCCUUCUUCUUUUGGGCCUUUACACUCGAGGCUGCACCAGCCAUGCACCAUCACCGCCAUGGUAACCAACAUCUUCGACAUCUCCACGCAACAAGAGCAGCCCUUCUGCACCGCGCAAGAUCGCACUAUCGCCACGGAGCCCCCCAAGUUUUAUUCGAAGAGCCCCAAAAGCCUAGUGAGAGUGUGCGAGCUCAGGCUGUACCGGACUAUGAGAUGCGCCAUUCCGUAGAGAGGCUGACGGUAUAAUUACUCAAUGGUAGGUGGCAAGCCCACGACUACUAUGAUGCAUGUAGUGACUUGUAAAGAAAAAAGUUUUGGGAUAGUCGGGUGGAAGUGAUGAGAGGAAAUUAGAAGCUGGCUCUUCUGAUACGGGGAUGCUGGACGGAGUUUGUUUAAUAUUGGAUGGUCAUAUGGACGUUGGUGAGAUACUUGAACCAAUCAUGGUUUAUAAUUUUAUGUUACUUUCAAUUACUGUAUCUCUUUGAGUUCACACAAUUCACAAUAUUUCUUUUAAGA